AUGCGGACUAUGAGAGUAUUCGCUCUAUCAGUACGUUGGUUUGCGUUCCUAGUUGUGAGUGUAGAAUGGCAAGUCCAUUCUCAGGCUGUGCAACAAACUUCAGAAGUAGACAGCUCGUACAACUUUUAUUAUGAACAACCGUGUUGUACGGGACCCGUCAUUAAGAACAAAUAUCAUGUCAGACACAAGAGAGAUCAUGUGCGAGAAUUCUCCUGCGGCACACUCUACUACAGGACCUUCUUUGUGGAUUCGAAGCGUGAUGCGCUCUACGUCGGCGCAAUGGAUCGACUUUAUCGACUUAACAUGAACAACAUCAGCGCUUCACACUGUGACAGAGAUUCAAUAAACUUAGAACCAAGUAAUGUAGCUCAAUGCGUCUCCAAGGGAAAAUCAGAACACUUUGACUGCCGAAACCACGUGCGAGUAAUCCAGCCUAUGGGCGACGGCUCAAGACUCUACGUCUGCGGUACAAACGCCCACAGCCCAAAGGACUGGGUACUAUAUUCCAACCUGACGCACCUGCCUCGUCAUGAGUACGUGCCGGGCAUCGGCAUGGGCGUCGCCAAGUGUCCGUACGAUCCAGCUGACAACUCCACCGCUUUGUGGGUAGAAAAAGGCAACCCCGGCGCCCUGCCCGCUCUCUACUCGGGGACAAACGCGGAGUUCACUAAAGCAGACACCGUGAUCUUCAGAACCGACCUUCAUAACUUGACGACGGGUCGUCGGGAAUUUUCUUUUAAACGAACUUUGAAAUACGAUUCAAAAUGGCUGGACAAACCGAACUUUGUCGGCUCAUUCGAUGUCGGCGAGUACGUUUUGUUCUUCUUCCGCGAAACCGCCGUUGAGUACAUAAACUGCGGGAAGGCGGUGUACUCGCGGGUAGCGCGGGUCUGCAAGCGGGACACAGGCGGAAAGAACAUCCUUAGUCAAAACUGGGCCACUUACUUAAAGGCUCGUCUCAACUGCAGUAUUCCUGGAGAGUUCCCGUUCUACUUCAACGAAAUACAGAGUAUCUACAAGGUACCAGGUGAUGACAGUCGUUUUUAUGGAGUCUUCACGACAGCCUCGACAGGAUUAAUGGGGUCAGCGAUAUGUACUUUUACGAUUGGAGACAUUCAAAAAGCGUUUGAAGGCAAAUUCAAGGAACAAGCCACAUCAAGCUCGGCCUGGCUGCCCGUCAUCAGCAGCAGAGUCCCCGAACCGAGACCAGGAACUUGCGUGAACGAUACGUCAUCUCUGCCCGAUACAGUGCUUAAUUUUAUUAGAUCUCACCCGCUAAUGGACAGCGCUGUAUCCCACGAACAUGAAAAACCAAUCUACUACAAACGAGACCUCUUCUUCACCCGUCUCGUGGUUGACCGAGUGAAAGUGGACAUGUUAGGACAUCAGCUUGACUACACAGUCUACUAUGCAGGCACAAAUGAAGGUAAAAUUCAUAAAAUCGUGCAAUGGACUCGGAACGGCGACAGCCAGUCAGCUUUACUUGACAUCUUCGACGUUACUCCCGGUGAACCAAUUCAGGCGAUGGCUCUAUCCCGCGUGCACGGGUCUCUGUACGCGGCGUCCGACCGGCGCGUGCUACAGUUGCGCCUGGCGCUAUGCGCGCGGCGCUACGACGCGUGCGUGCGCUGUGCGCGCGACCCCUACUGCGGCUGGGACCGGGACGCGGCCGUCUGCAGGGAGUACAUGCCAGGGCUAAUCCAAGACGUAGCAAAUGAAACAGCGGACAUUUGCGAUUCUUCCAUCGCCCGCAAGAGCGUAUCGGCGACGUGGGGGCAGAGCCUGCACCUCGGCAGCUUCGUCAAGAUGCCGGAAGUGUUGCAACCGAGAGCCGUCACGUGGUUCCACUACUCUAGAGAUAAAGGAAGGCAUUCCAUUACUUUCAAUAAGCCAGAAAAGUACAUCGAGACAUCGGAGCACGGGCUUCUCAUCCUCGCGGUGUCGGAGGCGGACGCGGGACGCUACGACUGCUGGCUCGGCGGUUCACUGCUCUGCUCCUACAACGUCACCGUCGACACGCACAGAUGUUCUCCGCCUGAAAAGAGCAACGAAUAUCAAAAGAUUUACUCUAAUUGGUGUCAUGAAUUUGAAAAAUAUAAAACCGCUAUGAAGACUUGGGAAAGAAAACAAGAGCAAUGUUCGAGACAGAACGACUCGAAUCAGAACACUCAUCCCAACGAGAUUGUGUGAUAGCUUCUGAACGUCGCCUAUCUCAUGUUUCAAUCAGUCAACUACUACGCUGGAGCCAUUCCAGUGCCAUACAUCUCAGCGGGCCUCAAAUACUUCAACAUAUUCACUUAAAUUAUCCGCAGUUUUCUGUGAUGGACUUAGUGCCCCGUAUAAAACAGUGAAAGCAAUAAAAUCCGAAGUGCUUUGAUAUAGAAAUAUUUCUAAAUAAAAUAUCGUAUCCAGCUCAAUUUCGUGAACCAAGUGCCCCAUAUUUCAGUAAUAAAUAAUAUAGACAGUAAAUAACAUUUACCA